UAAACGUGAAAAUUUUAAUAGUUUUAGUAAUUUAUAAUCGUUUAAAAAAAUUCAAAAUAUAACAUAUACAUAAAAUCUAAAUUUUUAUUAUAUGGUUAAUGUGGUUGUUUAAUUUAUUCUAAUAGUUUAAAAUUAAACAAAUAUGGUAGAAGAUAUACUAAUUUUUAUCAAAUAUUUAUUCAUAAUUGUCAUAUAUACUUUAUCCACAUUAAAAAAUUCCAUAAUUUUAAUGUAAGUAAAUAAUAAAGAACAUUAAUAAUGAAUUUAUGGUUAGUUUAGAAAAAGUUUAUUAUAUAAUUAGAUUGACCAUCCCAUUUCUCUAAUCAUAUCAGUGAUGGCACGUUGAUACAAAAAGAAGUAAUAUUUUUCAAUUAAUAUAUAUGAGAUACAUUUAGAGAAAUUCGUUAGGAUAUUCAUUCGUAAGUUUUUGUUAUAAAAAUAGCUCUCAAUAAAAAAAAUAACCAGAAGAAAUUUUAUUAAAGGGUAAAAGUAUAUUUUUACCAUAAGGUUAACUAAUCUAUACUUAUUGUUUAGAGUUAAGUGGUGGAGUUUUGGGGUAGAGUUUCAAUUUUUUUAAAAUUAAAAUUAAAAAUUAAAAAUUUUAAAAUAAAAAAAAAGAUAUUUUGGUCAUUUAUUUAAAAACUAUUUUUGUGACAAAAACUUAAAAAUAGCUAUAUGAGAGAAUUGUCCGUACAUUUAUACUUACAUGCGUUAUAGUAGAGCUAAUUACGGGAGAAUGUUAACCACUGAUAAAUACAGUAUAUCUUAUAGUAGAAUAAGAUUUGUGAAUCUCCCUUUUCGUUAAAAUUACAAUAAAUAAACGAUGAUUUAUAGAUUAGUACUGUUGGACUACAGUACACUUUAAUUUAUAAGUUACAAUUUAACAGUGUUUAACAAAUCGAUCCGCCUAUGCAGCAAAUUUUGAGCGAAACAUUUUUAAAAAAGAAUUAAGAAAAAUGGGUCUAGAUUGGUAUAAACGUUACCUAAUCAAUAUUUUUUUAUAAAGCGUAUGAUUAUCGCAUAGUAAUGUUAUGGACAUUGAAUAUAGCAAUGAAAUACGUCUAGAUAUAUAGUGUACUGACUGGCUCCGUGACAUAAUGUUUUAUACGGUAGUGUUUACUGUUUGGUAGCUAAGCUUUUAUAUUCUCCACGGCGCAAAUUCAGCAUGGCCACAAGUCUUUGGUUGGACCAGACACUGAGCUAAAAGGAAACGCGGAAACCAUAUUAUAAGUAGGAAACAUGAAAUAACUAUGUGGAAGAACGUAAAUAGCGGUGAUGCAUUCAAUAUUGGAUGUAGGUGGAUCUAUAUUUGUCUUUCAUUUCAAAAUAUUAUUAAUGACUAUAGAGUACUGUUAUAAUUUGAGAAUCUAACCUUCACAAUAUAUAUAUGUUUACUUGUCUAGCUGUGACUGUGUGAUAUUUCCAUUGUCCCCACAAGGAACAAAACAAAGGAAGAGGAAAUAGAUGCAUGGGAGUUUGUGUUAGCCAGCUACCACGGCCGUGCCUUGCACGUCCCUGUCCCUUAUGUUAUUGCUUCUAAAUUCAUCCAUCAUUCUCUUUUGUAUUUUAUCAACUAAAUACUGAUAUAAUGGAUAAGGAAAUUAAUAUUUAUUUCAGUAAGGGAUACUGCAAAACUUAAGGAAUGAAGUGACAUUUUCACAUAUUUAACCUUACAUGUAAUACUUAACACUGUAAAAAGAAAUAGUAACAAAUCUUAUAGGAACUUUUGAAUAUAUUCACAGUUUUCCAUAGCAUUUCAUAGGAAAAGAAACAUAUUUUAAUUUACAGUUUACAGAGUACAAAUAUAUUUCUGAUGCAACAAAAUAAAAGAGAAAAACAUAGAUAUAUGGUUUUUAUUUAAAAUAUGUGUAAGAAAACAAAUUCAAAAAGUAAAAUUUAAUACGUUGGAUUCUUUAAUUAUGCUAAAUAUAGAUCAUACCACAAAAUACAUGCUUUCAAGUAAAAAACUCGUAACCAGAAGAAGAAAACAAAGGACUAAGCGAAAACUAGAAUUGUUCCCAAAAAUGACGCACAUCCACACUUGUUUUCAAAAGAACAUCAACUUUGUAUCUAUUGUCUUCUCUUUUUCUCUCUCCAUCGAUGAUCACAAUCGUUUUGCUUUAGAUGAACCAAACCGUGAUCUUAAACAAAUAUUUGCAUGGUUAGGCAUUUCCCCAGCAAUGACCGGAUUCUCAUGCCAAUCCAUAUUGGGUUCUGGCCAGAGGACCCACCACCCACCGGUGAGGUUAGUACUCGAGAUUUGUCGUCUAGACUUCCGGUGGUUUGUCGACACAUUCACAGUAAGCAACCAUUUGGAAUGUUCAGAGGCGAAAACGCUAUGAACUAUGCAUUUUCAACUUUCUUGAUCGAGGCAAUUCUUAUUAUCUUCUUCAUCAAAACCACAUGCUUCCUCCUUCGACCUCUACGUCAACCUCGUAUCGUCUGCGAGAUCAUUGGUGGAAUGAUGAUAGGACCGUCGAUGCUUGGAGGAAGCAGGAACUUCAAUUACUACUUGUUCCCACCGAUAUCAAAUUACAUAUGUGAAAACUUGGGACUGUUGGGAUUUGUUUACUUCUUCUUUAUCACUGCGGCCAAAACUGACGUUUCAGCCAUUGCAAAGUCUCCAAGAAAGCAUAAGUACAUUGCUGUGAUCGGCAUUGUCGUCCCCCUGGUCUGCACUUUGGCCACGGGGAUGGCAAUGCGAGACAAAAUGGACAAGAACAUGAGAAAGUUUUCAUCCGUUGGAUCGAUUGCGUUUGCCUUGGCUUUUAGUUCUUUCCCUGUCAUCUACACCGUCUUAAGAGACAUGAACCUUCUCAACUCUGAAGUAGGCAAGUUCGCCAUGUCGGUGGCUCUCAUUGGAGACAUGGCAGCGAUUGUUGCUCUUAUUUUUUUCGAGGCCUUGAAUCAGGUAGAGGAAGGAGGAGCCACGGCUAUAGUUUGGUAUCUUAUAUCGGUCGUUAUAUUCAAUGCUUUUAUGUCUUUGGUUGUGGCACGAGCUCUUGAGUGGGUGGUCGACCAAACGCCAGAGGGAAAACUCGUCGACCAAAACUAUAUUGUAAUGAUUCUCAUGGGUGUUCUUGUCGCUUGUUUCAUUACAGACAUGUUUGGUUUAUCUAUGGGCAUGGGACCCAUUUUGCUAGGGUUCAUUGUCCCUCAAGGUCCACCUUUGGGUUCGACGCUGGCUAUUAGGAGCGAGACUUUCAUCCAUGAGUUCUUGAUGCCUUUCUCCUUUGGUUUGGUGGGACUCAAGACCAAUGUCAAUCUUAUCACCAAUGAUAUUUGGGAACAAAAGCUCUCUCCUCUUGUCUACAUGACAGUCGUUGGAUUCAUCUCUAAGUUUCUCGCUGUGUUUUCCGCUGCUGUCUUCUUUAAAAUCCCCACCAGAGACAGCCUCACGCUUGGUCUCAUGCUGAACUUGAGAGGCCAGAUAGAUACCUUGCUCUACUUGCACUGGAUAGACAAAAAUAUAAUCGGUUUACCCGGUUUUGCUAUCUUGGUUUUGCAUGCCCUUGUGGUUACGGGAAUAGCUACACCGCUUAUCAGCUUCCUUUACGAUCCAGAUCGUCCUUACAGGAUCAGCAAGUACCGCACCAUACAACACACUCCCCCGUCUACCGAGGUGGGACUUGUUCUCGCCGUCGCCGACCACGAAGCCUUGUCCGGUUUGUUCACCUUCCUCGACCUUGCUAAUCCCACUACAACUAGCCCCUUUUGUAUAUACGCUAUCCAGUUAGUGGAGUUAAUGGGGCGAGCCUCGCCGGUUUUUAUCGACCACGAGGAGGAGGAAGAGGAAGAGGAGGACGAUGAGGAAGAGGUGGAAGAAGAAGAAGAUGAAGGUGCCCGGAGAAACCAGGUGCAAACCGCAUUUAGGUUGUACCAAGAGAAAAGAGAUGAAUGUGUAACGCUACGUGCCUACACAGCUCAUGCUCCAAAGCGUCUAAUGUACCACAACAUUUGCCAGCUAGCAUUGGCUAAUAAAACCGCUUUUAUCCUCUUACCUUAUCAGCAAGAACGUCUCGACGACGAUGCACCAACGGAGCUACGUAACUCCGGCAUGUUAUCCGUGAACGCGGAUGUCUUGGCCCACACGCCAUGCUCUGUUUGUAUCUAUUACGACAAGGGACGGCGUAGAAACGCUCGGUCCCAAGAAACGUACCGUUUUGUUGUUCUGUUCUUAGGAGGAGCUGAUAACAGAGAAGCUCUGCAUCUGGCGGACAGGAUGACGGUGAAUCCAGACAUAACCCUGACGGUGAUUAGGUUCUUGUCGUUCAACCACGAAGGAGAGGACGAGAGGGAGAAGAAGCUGGACGACGGGGUGGUGACGUGGUUUUGGGUCAAGAAUGAAGAGAAGGAGAGGGUUAGUUACAGGGAGGUUGUGGUAAAGAACGGUGCGGAGACGCUGGCGGCAAUACAAGCGUUGAAUGACAACGACUAUGAUCUGUGGAUAACGGGGAAGAGAGAAGGUAUCAAUCCAAAGAUUAUAGAAGGGCUUGCGGAGUGGAGUGAGAACCACCAGCUUGGAGUUAUUGGAGACACUGUGGCUAAGAGUGUGUUUGCAUCGGAAGGUUCGGUGUUGGUAGUACAGCAACAGGUGAGGAACCAGAAAGGUGGUGGUUUCUUGAAUGGCAAGUUUGAUUACAAGAAGUUAGUGUCUUAUUGGUCUUGUAAUAAUUGUUAGUUUAGGACACAGAUUGCUUAACUGAUUAGGUUUCUUUUUUGUUUUGUACAUUCUGUA